AUGGGCAAAUGGGUGCAAGUGUCUGCAGGGCUGCACCCUGAGUGUGAAUACAUCUACCAGCUGGAGCAGGAGGAGAGGCGCUGCCUCAGACAGAUUGAAGAGUAUGGGAACACCUCAUCUACAGGCUGUCUACCGGAGUGGGACAGUGUGAUGUGUUGGGAGGGAACCAUGGUUGGAGAGACGGUCCAGUCACCCUGCCCGGCGGUUUUCUCUUUCUUCAAAAACAGCACAGGCAUGGUGAGCCGAAACUGCACGAGCAGCGGCUGGUCGCACGCUUUCCCCCCGUACCACGUGGCCUGCAUUGUGGAGGACGACAUACCUGAGGAGUCAUACUUUGCCACUGUGAAGCUGAUCUACUCUAUCGGUUACGGUGCGUCGCUGGUUUCUCUCUCCAUUGCCGUAGUAAUUCUGCUGCUGUUCAGAAGGCUCCACUGUGCACGUAACUACAUCCACAUUCAGCUGUUUCUCACCUUCAUUCUAAAAUCCGUGGGUGUGUUUAUCAAAGACGCCACGCUGUUCAGUGAGGAUAUGGACCACUGCGCCCUUUCCACAGCAGCAUGUAAGGCAGCUGUGGUUUUCUGCCACUACUGUGUGAUGUGUAAUUUCUCCUGGCUCCUGGUGGAGGCGCUCUACAUAAACUCUCUCCUGCUUGUGGCAGUUCCUCCAAGCUGGCGGUGCCUGUGGGCCUUUAGCCUACUGGGUUGGGGUGUCCCGCUUGUGUUCAUCCUGCUGUGGAUCGGCUCCAGGCUGGGUUUUGAGAACACAGAAUGCUGGGACAUCAAUGAGGAAUCUCCCUACUGGUGGAUCAUCAAAGGACCAAUCGUGGUUUCCAUAGGAGUGAAUUUUCUGCUCUUCAUGAACAUCAUCAGGAUCCUGGUACAGAAGCUGAACCCACGACUCAUCCACUUCAACAAUUCCUCCCACUACCGGCGUCUGACUAAGUCCACCCUGCUGCUUAUCCCUCUCUUCGGGACGCACUAUAUGGUGUUCAACUUCCUGCCGGAUCACUUCAACAUGAGUCUGCGGCUGUGCGUCGAGCUCUGCCUUGGCUCUUUCCAGGUAACCCCCCCCCCCCCCCCCCUCCAAUCCCCAUUUCUCAUGCAGUGUUGUGCUGGGUGA